CAGCCUGAAGUGCUCCUGUGCCUGGACCGCAGCAGCAUGUCGACAGAAAAACUCAAGCACCACAAAAUCAUCUUCGUGGUGGGUGGCCCCGGCUCGGGGAAAGGGACCCAGUGUGAGAAGAUCGUGCAGAAGUAUGGCUACACCCACCUCUCCACGGGGGACCUGCUGCGGGCGGAGGUCAGCUCGGGCUCGGAGCGGGGCAAGAAGCUGCAGGUCAUCAUGGAGAAGGGCGAGCUGGUGCCCCUGGACACGGUGCUGGACAUGCUGAGGGAUGCCAUGGUGGCCAAAGCGGACGUGUCCAAGGGCUUCCUCAUCGACGGCUACCCCCGCGAGGUGAAGCAGGGAGAGGAGUUUGAGAAGAAGAUCGCCCCCCCCACGCUGCUGCUGUACGUUGAUGCGGGGAAGGAGACGAUGGUGAAACGCCUGCUGAAGCGAGGCGAGACCAGUGGGCGGGUGGAUGACAACGAGGAGACCAUCAAGAAGCGUUUGGAGACCUACUACAAGGCCACCGAGCCCGUCAUUGCCUUCUACAAGAGCAGAGGCAUCGUCUGCCAGGUAAGCGGGGAUGUGGCCGAUGCCGGCACCCUCCAGGCCCGUGGCUCCGGCCGCCCGUGGCGCACGGUGAUGGACACGGUGCUGGACAUGCUGAGGGAUGCCAUGGUGGCCAAAGCGGACGUGUCCAAGGGCUUCCUCAUCGACGGCUACCCCCGCGAGGUGAAGCAGGGAGAGGAGUUUGAGAAGAAGAUCGCCCCCCCCACGCUGCUGCUGUACGUUGAUGCGGGGAAGGAGACGAUGGUGAAACGCCUGCUGAAGCGAGGAGACCAUCAAGAAGCGUUUGGAGACCUACUACAAGGCCACCGAGCCCGUCAUUGCCUUCUACAAGAGCAGAGGCAUCGUCUGCCAGCUCAAGCCGAGGGCUGCGACCUGCAGCCAGUGACGGCAGAGCCGCCCAUCACCCUGUCCUACGCCACCAGCACGGUGCCGCGGGGCUGCGUCAGCAGCGGCUCCGUGGGCACCAGCCAUGAAGUCCACAUCCUCAGCAUCGAGUGGUCCAAGGCCUCUGCUUUCCCACUGAAGGUGUCCGUCACGCCACGAGCUGGUGGCUGCACCCGAUCAGCAGUGCUCGUCCUCCUGUGUGCCCGCUGCUCAGCCACCGUCACCUCCCCGUGCCCGGACCUGCUCAUCCGCACCGACGCCCGCCUCAGCCCAGGGACCACCGCAGCACUGGACCCCGAGCUGCCCAUGGCCACCAGUGAGUGGCAGCUGUUGGCCUGGGGUCUGCAGGACGUCUACGGGGGCAUCACAUCCUACAGCGAGCUGCGGGACCCCCGCUGGGUCCAGGUCCGCCUGGGAGAAGACGCCAGCAGCCCCCCAGAGUGCAUCCCCCAGGAGCGCUUCGACGCCAUGCUGCACCUCGAGACUGAGGUCUUCUUCCACGGGGUGAAGGGCUGCUCACGCGGGGACACCCAGAGCACCAGGGCCGCCCAUAUCGUCCGCCUGCAGCCCGAGCCCAGCUUCCCCAUCACGGAGGUGAACCUGUCCCUGAGCUGUCCUGAGAGAGCCAUGAGCAACCAGAUCCUCAUCCUGCAGAGCCAGGCCAACCUCACCUGGUCCCUCUCCGUCAACAACUGCCACAUCCAGUUCCUGCCCAUCAAGGACGUGGUGAACAUCACCCUGCGGGACAUCAGCUGCCAGGCAGAGAAAAACGCCACUCACUUCAUGCUGAAAACCCCCCUCAACCACUGCGGCACCUCGCUGGAGGGCAAGGGCCAUGCCAACAACGAGCUCAUCCUCAACCUGGCCAAGGGCGCAGCGCUCCAGAGCGUGCGGGUGGCCUUCCAGUGCAAGAUCCCACGGGAACUCUUCCUGCGCCUCUUCCCCACUGCCGCCUUCGAGGUGCCACAGACAGAGCUGGAGGUCAACAAGGAGGCCUUCGUGCAGGCGUCCAUGCGGUGGGAGGACCACCCGGCUGACCUGCAGCUGAAGGAGUGCUGGCUGGCGGCACCGGGGCGGGAGCCGGUGCUGCUGAUGCAGGGCGGGGAGGCACGCGGCGCGGGGGUGGCCGUGCUGGAGGGCCCCCCCAGCAGCCAUGGGAGGAAGGUCUGGCGCUUCCGCUUCACCUACGCCGUCCCUGAGGGUGGGCGCGUCCCCUUCUCCGCCACCCUCAAGUGCAAGGCCGGCUUGCAGAACACCACCAUCUUCGAGAAGGUCCUGGAGGUGACGGUGAAGGACGGCUGGCGGCCGCCCAACAACCGCGGGCUGGGGCUGGCCGCCGUCCUGGGCAUCACCUUCGGCGCCUUCCUCAUCGGGGCACUCCUCACCGCCGGGCUCUGGUACAUCUACUCGCACACUCGUGACCCCUUGGCCGAGGUCCGCAGGUGA